AUGAAGGGAAUUGUCGCUGGAGACCAAAGGCGCCAAGACAGAAUCGAUCUGGGAGGUCACCAUGGGAACCCAACGGAGGAUGCUGGGCCAAACCAGUCCUCGCCUGGAGCCGCCAUGCAGACCAACGUACAGAUACACAAGCCAACUGCCUCCUACACAAGGGUCAAAGUCAGGCAAGAGGUAUUCUUGUUUUGGGUCAAUGAAAAUAUCAAAUCUUUAUAUCCAACCGAAUGGUUCAAGGUGAGGAAAAAUAUGAUGAUGCAACAAGUAAAUGAAGAGGUCUAA